GCCGCUGAAAGCCCGAGCCCCCUGCGGCGGCCCAGGCCCUCGGCGCGUGCACUGGCCGCUGCGCACGCCGGGCGGGUCGCCGUCAGGCGGCGGUUCGGCGCCGGCCAGGAUGACCGACGUCACCAAGAAGCUUCAGAAGGCGGUGGCGAAGACAAGGACCCGAACUCAGACGGUGGCAAACCUCGGCACCGGCCCCGAGGACGUCCUUGGCGCCGGCAUCAAGGUGUGCGUCCGUGUGCGGCCCUUCAUAAAGGAGGAGAUUGAGGGCGAUCGCAGCGGUGGCAAGUGUGAGUGUUGCAUCGAGAUGCCGACCGUGACCUGCACCGUCAUGAAGAGGCCAGACGAGGAACGCGCGUUCGAGUUCGAUCGCUGCUUCUGGUCACAUUCGAAAAACCACCCUUUGUUCGCAAAUCAGCAGACUAUUCAGGAUGAGCUUGGAGAGACAAUGCUGGACUGGGCCAUCAAGGGCUUCAACAACUGCAUCUUUGCUUAUGGGCAGACGGGCAGCGGCAAGAGCUACAGUGUCUUAGGCGGCCCAGGGGAUGACCGGGGCCUUCUGCCUCGCAUCGUCGAGGGCCUCUUCCAGAAGUUCGAGCAGAUCCCCGAGGACGUGAAGAAGAAAACACUGGUAAGUUUCAUGGAGAUCUAUUUAAUGGAGAUCCGAGACCUGCUCUGCGAGAAAUCGUCGGACCAGAAGGCGGAGAAGAAGCUGGACGUGCGGGUGCACCCCACGCUAGGGUUGACGAUCCCAGGCCUCAAGGAAUGGCCCGUGGACAGCGGCGAGAGCGUCAUGAAGCUCGUCGAGCUGGGUCAAGAGAACCGGCGGGUAUCUGCCACAGCGAUGAACGCGUCAAGCAGUAGAAGCCAUUGCGUCUUUACCUUCAAGACCGGCUUGGUAGAACCUGACGGCACCACGAAGACGUCACAGACGCAUCUUGUGGAUCUGGCAGGUUCGGAGCGGGCCAGCCGCACUAAGGCUGAGGGCGAGCGCUUGAAGGAGGGCGCUGCCAUCAACAAGGCCCUCUCGACUUUGGCGAGGGUCAUAUCAGAACUCGCGAAAGCUGGCAACAAGAAAAGCAAUCCGCCCUUCCGGGACUCGAAGCUCACCCAUGUCCUCAAGGAGGCUCUCUGUGGGAACUCCAAGACGGUGAUGAUGGCAGCCAUAUCCCCCAGCGCGAUUGAUUUUGACGAGACGCUCUCCACCAUGAAAUUCUGCCAGCAGGUGAAACUUGUGCAGACGAAGGCGGUGGCGAACACUGUGAACGAGAACGGCAUCGAGGCGGCACUUCGCCGCGAGGCCGAGGAGCUGCGCAGCAAGCUGGCCAUUGCCGAGGCCAACGCCGCGACCAGCGGCACCCUCGCCACGACGCAGAUAGCUGAGGUGGAGAAGCUCCUCUCCAAGCACGGCGAAGGGAGGGUCAGCCUCAUCGUGCAGAGGCUGCAGCAGACGGAGCAGCUGUCCAAGUUCUACGGCAACAACUACGACACGUGGUUGGCCGAGGAGCAGCGCUCGAUCAAGAGGCGCGAGGCCACGAUCAACGUUAUGCCCGACCAGCUCGAGCAGCUCGAGCAGCUGCGGGUGCAGUUUGAGAGCGGCGCCUCCGGCUCGGACAGCGGCACGGACUUGGACGGAGAUUCGGACAGGGACAGCGAUGCCAAGGCCAACAGGACGGGCGAGUACGUGCUGUGCCACUGCCUCACCAGGGAGGCCGUGGCCUCGGGCAGCCUCGUCUCCAACUUGUCCCAACAUUUGCCCAGUGCGGACGACGACAAGAGCAAGAUUAUUGUCACGGGGCCCAUCGCGCGGGAGUUGCGAAGUGCGCUGGAGCAGUCGAAGACAGAGAGGGAGGGGAACAUCGCGAAGCGGACGAAUGGGGAAUACGAAGAGAGGGAGGACGAGGACUCGCAGGAGCUGAUCGACCGGACUGCAGAGCAUAAGACCAAGUCAUUGGCCAAGUGCUGGAACGAUAGCAUCGAAGCCGAGAGAUUGGUUCGUCAGCUGUCCAAGCCAGGGGCACCCAAGGUCGUGCUCACCCCACACGUUGCUGUGCGACCCGACGAGAUUGAUCUCACGUGCGAAGUGAUUAUAUCCGCAGAGUACAACGACGAAAGUCCAGAUGGUGGCACAACGUGCAUCCGCGAGUGGUUUGCUCCAACGCAGGUGGGACUCCUUUUGAAGUGGCUGCGUGAAUCGCUGGAGGCCGCUGGCUUAAAUGAUGACGAGCAUGGCACCUAUGCUAACGCAUGGGAAGCCGCCGUCUCCACCCUGACAGGUCAUGCCACGCGCGGAAAGGUGAAGGAGAUGGAGACAGCGCUGUCCAUGGCACCGCGGCGAUCAAAGUUGGACGCGCUGAGCGCUGAGAUGCUGGCGGAGCGCACGAAGCUCGCUGAAGCAAAGGACGAAGCUGCUGCCACCGAUGUGCUCAGGCGAGAGUUGGCGCAGCAGCGGGAGAUGAUCACAUGGUUUGAGUCCCAGGCGUCUAAGGCCAGGAGGACCCAGGCGAGCUUGGUGUCCGAGACGGCCGAGGAGCUACAGAGAGAGCGGGACAGGGCGCAGCAGCUGCAGGUCAAGACUGAGAGCCAGAGGGGUGGACUGGAGAUGCAGCGCAGCGAGCUCGACGCCCUCAAGCGCGCGGCCGCCGAGGCCGACGGCCUGCGCGGCAGGGCCGAGACCCUGCGGGCCGAGCUGGCCAGUGCAGAGGACCGGCUGAGCGCCAGCCAGCGCAGCUCCGAGGAGGCGCGGGACCUCCGUGCACGCCUCCUCGAUGCCGAGGGCCGGCUGCUCUUCACGGAGACACGGGUCGGGGAGGCGGACCAGCUGCGCGCCGAGUGCCAGCAGGCCGAGGGGAAGCUGCGCAUCCUGCAGGGCCGCAGCGACGAGGCCCAGCGCCUGCGGGAGGAGCUGGACAGGGCGCACGCCCAGCUGGCGGAGCUGCCGAGCCAGCCGCACGCGGCGCCGGAGGGCGCGGGCGGCGAGCUGGAGCAGCUCCGGGCGGAGCUCGGCGCCGCCGAGGUCCGGGUCGCCGACGCGGAGCGGCUGCGGGCCGCGCUGGCCGCGACCGCGGCGGAGCUGCGCGAGGCGCAGGCGAGGUCCUCGCAGGUCGACCAGGUGUCCAGCGAGCUCAGCGCGAUGCAGCAGAGCGUGCAGGGCCAGAGGAGGCAGGUCGAGGAGGCAAACCGGCUUCGCGGCGAGUUCCAGGUGGCCGAGCAGGAGCUGGGCAGGGGGCGCGCGGCCGAGAAGGAGGUGGACCGGCUGCGAGGGGAGCUGGCCACGCUGCGCCGCCAGCUGGGCGGCCUGCAGCACAGCGUGGGAGAGGCGCGCGGCGCCCAGGCCUCGGAGGCCCAGCGCCGCGCCACCGCGGUGAGCAGCGCAGAGGCCGCCCGGAGGCUGCAGGAUCGGAGUCCGCUGCGGCGGCGCGGGUCGAGAUGGCCAAUUACCUCCAGCAGGAGGCGGCCGCGCUCAGGGAGCAGCGAGCAAUCUGCGACGAGGCCACCGCCGAGACCCACGCACUGCGCUCGGAGCUGGGCGCGCUGCAGGGCGAGGUGUACGCGCAGCGUCGGCGCGACUCCAACUCCUCCCACCUGCGUGCGGCCAACGAGUCGCUCCAGAUGGAGCUCACGGCGCAGCACCUGGGCGGCGGGCAGCUGGAGGCACAGCGGCUGCGUGCCGAGCUCGCGGCGGCGGAGGGGCAGUUGGAAACGACCAGGACGGGGGACGCCUCGAGGUGCAGGAGGCCAUGACGCGGGCGCACCGAGAGGCGUCGUCCAUGCUGCUGGACGCCCGGAGCGCGCGCGGCGGUGCGAAGAUGCAGAGCCUCGCCGGGGAGAUCGCCUCCAGCUUCGAGGCCGCGAUCGAGGCCAUAGACCUCGCCAAGCAGGAGCUGGUGAAGGAGGGCUCCGUCAGACGACGGUGAGUCUCACCGCCGAGUGGCGACGGUGUCAGACGGCUGCGGCUUCCUCACCGAGGAGGUCGCAGCCAGCCGCCAGCGUUCCCGCUCCCGUGUUUUUUUCGCACGCAUUUCGAAUUGCGCUUCUCUUUGGUAUCACCGUCUGGCGCACGCAGGUGGCUCAGUGGCGCGGACCCCACCUGCUUUUCCACGAGUGCCAGAUGCCGCAAAGACUCUUGCGGCUUCGUGUGUCCAGCCAUACGUAGCUAGUUUCUCUGCGCCAGCAGCGCAAAUGACCCUCGAGGCAGCUUCAGUGUAUCCUUUCUCUGCUCAGCGGGGGAGGAGAGUGUUUCCUAUCGCUGCUGGAAGCUACAAAGGCAGCGGAUGAGAAAAAAUC